CGAUAAUUUACAAGGUAUGAAUGAUGUCUUAGCGAAUCUCUUUACCAUGAUGUCUCAAUACGCCACAAAUAUUCAAGAAAUGAAAAUUCAAUCUUACACAACUGGAUUGCCAGCGAAAGUUCAUGCCAGCCUUUACAGAUUAAUUGAAUCACAGAGAACACUUCAGUCAUUUAUGUCAAAUUAUUUCUGGAAUGCUUCAAGUCCUUCGCUUUUUACCGCUUUGUUAAAUCAGUCACAUUCAUUAACUCGGUUUCGUCUCUGGGGUUUAACACAUUUCGAUGAUUCUUUAAUACUCGGAUUAUUAGAAUGGAAUGCCUUGGAAGUAUUGGAAUUAAUGGGAUGUCCAGAUUAUCCUGUGUCUGCAAAUUUUACAAAAGGCCAACUAAGAAUUAGGAAUCUCUAUAUCGGCAACGGCUACUGUUCAUAUCCUUUUAUAACAACAAAUUUAAUCAAGAUGAUAAAUUUGAAUCUUCAAAAAUUAGUGGUAGAAGGUGCAACUCCGGAAAUUAUAGAUGCGGUCACAAUAAAUUGUCCACAACUUACACAUUUAUCGCUCUGUGCUUAUCAAGAUAUAUUUGAAUCUCUUCCGAGAUUACUUUCAGCACUUUCUUUGCUAGAAACACUGAUUUUAGGAAAUCAAGAACAAUUUAUAUUUACAGAUGAUACUAUAUUACAAUUUUCACAAUCAAUUCCACCUUCACUAUGCGCAUUAUUUCUAAACUUUAAUAUUUCAUCACAAUCAUUGAGAGUACUUUUAACAGAAUAUAAUAAGUAUUUAAAAGAGUUGAAACUAUAUUUGGCUCAUUCAAAUAGUUAUACGGAUCCUGUUAGUCUAGAUGUUUUGAGAAACGCAAAUAAGUAUUUUACUAUUGUUAAACAAGACACUACUAGAAAUUCUUAUAAUCUUUGGUGA